AUGAGACUUAUGUCACAGAUUAAACGUUUGAGCAAGAAUGAUAUUGGUCACGGUAUGAUCAUGAGCCUAAUAAAUAAAAAAUCAUCUGAGGGUAAAUUAUACCGUAAAGUCAUGGAGCACUUGCGCAAGUGCAACUAUGAUCUUGAUGAGUUCUUCAACACCACUGAUUUCAUCAUUUGUAUGCUCGAGGACAAUGUGCUUCAAAAGGGAACCCCAAUACCGCGCCGAUUACGAAAGGGUAUUGCAAUCUUACUUGAGGCAGGAUUCAUCGAGAGGUUAGAAGCCCUGAAAAUUGAAGGAUAUUACAUGCCCCACUUUGGGGUUAAAAAGGAGAGCCGUACCACCCCCUUAUGCAUUGUGUUCAAUGCAUCAGUAAAGUCCAAGGACAGACUGUCAUUAAAUGAUUGCCUUCUAUCUGACCCCAACUUGGUAGAGGCAUUGUAUAACUGGUUAUCGAAGUUUAGAUUUAGUCGAUAUGCCCUAACUGCAGACAUUAGCAAAGCAUUCCAUAGCAUAUUGUUAGAUCCCAGUGAUGCCAAGUACACAGGAUUCCUCUGGUGUGAGGCACCUAAUCGUACAGCUACCUUCGCCUUUCAGUUUGUGGUAUUCAGCGUCACUGUGAGCCCCUUCCUCCUGCGACAAGUCCUUCAGACUCAUUUGCAAAGGGAAGGACGGCCGGACUUGCUUAGUCAGUUUUAUGUAGAUAACUAUAUCCAAACUUUCAAUGAAACGCAAUCGCUGAUGCAGGAACACAAGUGCACAAGAGAAAACUUAGAACGAGCCAACAUGCCCUUGACUGGCUGGACCAGUAAUGUUAGAGAAUUGGAUGAGAGAAUGAGUUGA